UACUCUAUUAAAACGGUCUCUUUGACAGAGAAAGUUAACCAUUUCGCUGGCAUCAUGAGAGGUCUGCAAAAGCUUCUGCUCUUCUACAUUCUGCCAUGCCUCGGACAACUUGGACAUGGGAGUGACAUCAUACAUGGUAAAAAGUCUCCAGAAAACGAGAUGCUGUUUAUGGCCUCUGUGCAGAACACAGAUGGUCAUGUCUGUGGGGGAUUUCUCAUCACUGAGGACUUUGUGGUCACUGCUGCACACUGUGAUGACUCGAGCCUUAGGCACGUUGUUCUUGGAACCCACAAUCUCAAAGAGUAUCAUGAAAAAAUAGAGAUUGAAAAAAAAAUUAAGUAUGAAGAUUAUAAAAAUGUUGAACACGGUAACGAUAUCAUGCUUCUUAAACUGUCUAAGAAAGUUCUACUAGGCUCCAACAUACAAAUAAUUCAGCUUCCACAUGCUGAAAUGAACUUGGAAGAAAAUGAAGUGUGCCAGGUGGCUGGAUGGGGUUUAACUGAAAAUGGCAUUCUACCUCAUGAGCUGAGAGUGGUGGACGUGUCUGUCAUUAACCCACAAAGCUGUAUGGAACAAUGGUCUCCCUGGCUUCAUCUCCCUGCCAAUGUUAUCUGUGCGGGUGGAUAUGGCACAAAUAAAGGAUUCUGUCAGGGUGAUUCUGGUGGUCCUCUGGUGUGCAAAGGGUUAGCUGUUGGCAUUGUUUCUUUCAAUAAAAAUUUGAAGUGCACAUACCCAGAUGUACCCAAUGUCUAUAUGGACCUCUCAAAAUACGGUGAAUGGAUCGACAAGAUUCUCACAUCCGCAAGACAUUUUAAGUAA